UUUGGCAUAAAAACUAUCCCAAAUCAAAUCAAUCAUAAACAUGGGUAAGUUGGGAGGAAUGGCUUCUCUUGUAGCCACUCUACUAGUGGCAUUUGUCUCAUUGAGUUUGCCUGCACAAACCAUAGCCGACUAUACUUAUUCCUCUCCACCACCUCCUGUUCACCAUGAGAUGCCACCCAAGGGGCAUUAUUCACCUCUACCACCCACCCCAGUGUACAAGUCACCCCCAGUUCACACUUAUCCACCACCCAGUCCGAUUUACAAAUCCCCACCCGUUCAUGAGUACCCACCACCCACCCCAGUGUACAAGUCUCCACCUGUGCACAAGUACCCACCACCCACACCUGUGUACAAGUCUCCACCUGUGCACAAGUACCCACCACCCACCCCUGUGUACAAGUCACCACCUGUUCAUGAAUACCCACCACCCACCCCAGUGUACAAGUCUCCACCUAUGCACAAGUACCCACCACCCACCCCUGUGUACAAGUCCCCACCUGUUCAUGAAUACCCACCACCCACCCCAGUUUACAAGUCUCCACCUGUGCACAAGUACCCACCACCCACCCCUGUGUACAAGUCCCCACCUGUUCAUGAAUACCCACCACCCACCCCAGUUUACAAGUCUCCACCUGUGCACAAGUACCCACCACCCACCCCUGUGUACAAGUCUCCACCUGUUCAUGAGUACCCACCACCCACCCCAGUGUACAAGUCCCCACCAGUUCACAAGUAUCCACCACCCACUCCUGUUUACAAGUCCCCACCUGUUCAUGAAUACCCACCACCCACCCCAGUGUACAAGUCGCCACCAGUGCACAAGUACCCACCACCCACUCCCGUGUACAAGUCCCCACCAGUUCACAAGUACCCAGCACCCACCCCAGUGUACAAAUCUCCACCUGUUCACGAAUAUCCACCACCCACCCCAGUGUACAAGUCUCCUCCAGUUCAUAAAUACCCACCUCCUACUCCAGUAUAUAAGUCCCCACCAGUUCAUGAAUAUCCACCACCCACCCCUGUCUACAAGUCUCCACCUGUUCAUGAAUAUCCACCUCCUACUCCAGUUUACAAGUCUCCACCAGUUCACAAGUACCCACCACCAACCCCUGUUUACAAGUCUCCUCCAGUUCAUAAGUAUCCACCACCUACUCCAGUUUACAAAUCUCCACCUGUUCAUGAGUAUCCACCUCCCACCCCAGUUUACAAAUCUCCUCCACAUACCCCAAUCUACAAAUCCCCACCCGUGUCUCAUCCCACUCCUUCUCCCUAUGUCUACGCUUCUCCUCCUCCCCCUCAUCACUACUGAAGAACUUUCACUUGAUUCAAAUGUCAAGGUAUAAAGUUGCUUGAGUACGGACAAGAGAAUUAAAGCCAACAUGGAGGACGUAUCGUUGUCGAAUGCGAUAGAAUAUUAGAUAAUAUAAAAAGCUUUUCCCUUUACUGUGUUAUUUGGAAACUUAUUUAUGAUAAUAAAAGUUUUCUGAUUAUAAUUUCAUGUACACCUAGAUAGUUGUUAUCCAAUGCUUUGCGUACGUAUUGUGCAUGGUGCAUGAAUCCGAUGGCCUACGCAUAAUUUUGUACUUUUUACUAUAUCGAUAUUUGCUUUAAUAAUGAAGAAGUUAUAAAGUUUGAUCA